UUAAAAAAAAAAAUCUGUUACUGCGAUUUAAUUUUAGAAAAUUGGAAAUUAAAUUUCUAAAAGUCUGGAACGUUCUCACAAAAGUGACACGACUAUUUCCUACAAGGGACAUAACAAAAGCAGUAGUAACAAGUGACGUCAGAAAUAAAAAUACAAGUUAACUUCAAAAUGGCGGCUUUCCAACCUAGGACGAGUGGACGGAGCCUGUUUUCAAGUCAAGCUUUAUUUGACUUUAGUCAUUUAGAUGACAGAGUACAGAGCCACUUGAAAAAUGUGUAUAGCUGUCUCUCAAUUGGCAUGCUUAGUGCUGCCCUUGGAGCAUAUGCCCACCUUAUGUUUGGGCUAGGAGAGUGGUACUUAUUGACAGUAAUUGCAUCCUUUGGCUUAAUAAUUUGGCUUGGAACUACUCGUCAUUCCAAAGAAGAUGUCACCAAGAGAGUGGGAAUCUUUUCAGCCUUCACCUUUACAUCAGGAGUUUCGCUUGGACCACUCAUUGAGGUUGUAAUAAGAAUUGAUCCUAGCAUUGUAUCCACUGCUUUGGCUGGCACAGCUGUUAUUUUCAUCUGCUUUUCCUUGUCAGCUCUCCUAUGGAAGGAUAGAACCUUCCUUUAUAUGGGAGGAAUGCUCUUCAGUUGCCUAUCAUGGUUGACACUUGCUGGUCUUUUGAAUAUUUUCUUCAGGUCCCCACUUGUCUUCAACGUGUACAUCUAUGGCAUAUUGCUCCUCUUCUCUGCUUUUGUAUUGUAUGAUACUCAGUUGAUUGUAGAGAAGAGAAAGAGGGGAGAUGAAGAUUUUAUCUGGCACUCAGUUGACCUUUUCCUUGAUGCUGUUCAGAUUUUCAGAGCUCUGCUUGUUAUUCUGGCCAAAAAGUCUGGAAAAAAGAAAAAUUCUAAAUAAAUGACUGGCUGCAUGCAAAUAGAGAAGAGGAGGAUGACAAGAAGAGGAGAAGAGAUUAAAUCAAGAUGCCUCACAUGUCAUGAACCCAGCUAUUGAUUGUCUUGUGGCUGUUUUAACAACCUUUGUUUUAUUUUCUCCAUGGAAGGUCACACCAUACAGGCUGUAUCUUGUGUGUUGGUAGUCCAUGAUCCCAGUUUUAUUUUUUUGUAUCAUUAAUAUAUGAUCCAAAUUAUAUUUAGUUGGAACUCCAUUAAAAUAUAAUUCAAAUUAUUAAAAUUAUGAACAGUUUUAUUUCAAAGCCAAUACUUAAAAGUAUGGUUAAAAUUGUAUUUGGUUGAUAGACCACUAAAACGGAUCUAAUUUUCCUGGGUUUUGUAACUGAUAUCCCUGCUUUGUUUAUCUGUGUGGUGUAUCUUCCUAUUAUGUUUGUUCCUCAAACAAAAUAUCCCUCAUUUAUUCAACAGUUUCCAGUUGUUAUGCUCAGUGAAGGCUUGGCCUUUAUUACACAUUUUUCCACCAGCUCAGCCCCCCCAUAUCACAAGAUACACACAUACAUGGAUAAAAUUUCACUUAGGGGAUGGCACAGUAACAUCUGCUACAUAGGAAAUCAAUACUCCAGAUUUUAACAUCCCAUCCCAUAGUGUAGAACAUAAUCACUAUCCUGAAGUAUGUGUACACAUUUCUUUUUGCAGUAAAUUAUUCAAAACUAAUAGUAUAUAUUUCCUAUUAGUACAGAAAAGGUUCAACAUGAAAUAUUAAGUCUGUUAUAUUAUAAUUAGCCAGUCUUGAUUUAUAUUCUUUUUAAAUAUAUCUUUGUUAAUUACAAUAUUAAAUCAUUGCUUGCACAAAUACAUUACAUGUUUAAAGCUAUAUUUUCAUAAUCAAGAAAUUCAACUCAAGUUUGGCUUUUAAAUUAAUAGCUUUUAAAAAAUUGUUACAAGUGAUUUUUAAAAAGUUUAAGAAAAAAUGGCAAAGUGUUCAGUAUUGGUAUAUAUAUUUUUUUUCAUCUUAGCAGACUACCAGAUUAAGACUUUAUUUUGGAAUAUUUUUAAAAAAAUGCUGUUUUGAGUAAUUUAUAUGUUUUUUGCUUCUUUUAUUUCCUAUUGCUGGCAUCGUAUGUAUUCAUGUUUUAAUUUCCUGCAACAUGUUGUGAGGAUACCUAGUUUUUACAGAGAGAGUGCCAGUUUGGCUUUUUAAACCAUUGUUUUAAUUUUUUAUUGAAAUAUUCAAAAUUUCUUUAAGAAAAAAAAAGUUUUUACAUGUAAUCUUAGGAAUAUCCAGUGCUUAUUUAAACUAUAUAACAAUAUAAAACAGUCUAUAAACAUCAGUUUGCAGGAUACAAGGGUUAGAAUUAGAAGUAGUAACUUAUAUUUGUUGAGAUGUUCAUAUCAGAAAUCAUUUGUGCGUGUGUAUAAAAUGCAAAUAAUUAAAUAAUUUUUAAAAAAAGUUGUGAAUUUGAAGGGAUCAUGUGCAUGCAUAUUCUGGUUUUCUUUCUUCACAUUUUCCUGUACACAUCACAGCAGCUCAAGACAGCUGAGCUAUUAGAAGUGGCGCACCAUCACACACGGGCAUCUGAUGGACUUGCUACUACACACAUUGUCUAACAAAUACUUCUCUAAAUUUAUGAAAAAAAAAAAAUUCAAUCCUGUUUUAUUACCGGAAGCAAUAAAGCUGUCCACUGCAUCUGACUUUCUGUUGAGUUGUAUUUGUAUAUAUUUUUUUUUUGUUUUAACUAAAUUAACUUCAAAAGCAGCUUGGUUCUUUUGCAUUUUAUAUUUUCUCUUUUCAUGUUUAAUUUUAUUCUAACUUAGCUAGAUUUAUUUGCUUAUAUAGUUUUCUUUCCAUCAGUUUAUUUACUUUAUUCAUCAUGGUUUGGGUUUAUGUUUAUACUAUUCAGAAGAGAGUUUUUUUUUAUUGUAUUGCUUUUCAAAAUUUAUUAGAGUUUUAAAACUAUCGUGUUGUUCCGUACUAUAAAAAGUUGAAAUCUAAAGUAUAUUUUUAAGGAGUUUGAUUAGUUUUAGCGUAAAAAUAGUUAAAAAUGUAACAUUUUUAAAUGAUUGCUUUUUAGUUUUAGUGCAGGAAUAAUUAUAAUCUGGAACAUAGUUUUUAAGGAAUCCUGUUAGUUUAGUCCAGUUAUAUUUUAUUCUAUCACCAGACUGAACUCUGUACAUUGUUUUAAAAAGAAACCUAUAAUUUUUGUUGUGAUCUUAUCUAUAAUUCUUCCACUGCUUUUCAAGUGAUAUUUUUUUAAAUCCUUAUCUGUGGUAUAUUGAUUCUUUAAACAGUACUGAACAAUGUUUCAGCUUGCAAAACAGUUUUUAAUUAUUUUUUUUAGGCAGUGAUUAUUAUAAGAAAACAAAUGACACUGAGAAUGUCAAUUAUUUAAGUUAAAUAUUUAAAAUGCUUUUAUUGAUUAGCUUUCUUAAAUUUGAGACUAACCAUAGCACACAUCAAAUGGAAGUGUUAUUCUGUUUGACUAGUCAUUGAAAGUAAAACACCUAUUAGUCCAGUUGAAAACAUUAGCAAAGGUACCAAGUCCAUUCAAACUAGUUUUGAGAAUGCACUUAUGUUGAUUUUUGUAGCUUACAAUCAUACUUCUAAUGACAUUGAAUGAAAACUUUUUCUUUGCUUGGACACAAUUCCAAAUUAAGAAUUAGCUACAAAAUGGGGGGUAACUCCUUUAUUACAACCACUCAACCAAGAAAAGAUUAGCACCCUUUGAAAGUGUACUCCAUUAUUCACUUUGCUGUUUUGUAAUGGAAUAAAUCAAUUUUAAGAAA